AUGGAUGCGGACCAACCUAUUCAAUUGACCCCCAAACAAUCACACAAUUCCGCUGAAGCUAUUGAUACUCAAUCUACCAGCUCUAGCGAUUUAUCUUCUCAUGAAUAUUGCAAACAACUUCUGCUCAACCUUACUCCCUAUGUCUUGAUCCCAGCAACACCAGCAAGACAAACAUCGGAGUUUUUUGAUAGUAUCAACAACCUCGACCCAGUCAAAUUCAGUCCGCCCGAUUCUAAUCAAACACACUUGAAGAAAGCAAUGUCAGACGCCAGCUUCGCCAAGCUCAAUCCAUUCUACGACGAGCGCUACACUCAGAUGGAAGACUUCUACGAUUCUCAAGCAUGGAAAGUUGGCACGGGGACUGGGAAGUCUCCACAGCCUCCACCCAAAUAUGGCCACCACAAGGGCCACAAAUCGCCUGGCAUGGCGCACUCGCAAUCCGAAGGAAACAUCGACUUUCGCUCUCGUGGAACUAAAGAUCAUAACCUUCGAGUCGGCAAGACUUUUGAGGGUGCUGCUGGCGAUUACUACACCAGGUCGAGCGAGGAUACCGAUGCCUCAUCCUCCUUCUCUCGCGGUCGCACUAUUACUCGCACGCCAUCUCCCGUCAAGGCUUUGGAAGACAUCAAAGAAGAUCAGGCAUCCAACUCCCCUCCAAGUCCGACCAAGCGUUCCCGUUCACCUUUCAAGCAGAUGUUUGGCGAGAAGGGAUGGCUUGGCAGAAGCACGAGCAUGAACGAGCUACCAAAUGAGAAGUAUCGCAAGACUGGUAUCAAGCAUUGGGGUGGUAAGAUUAAGCAACGUGUUGAGAAUCUGACCGAAGAUGUGUCGAAGGUGUCAAAGUUCAUACCAACGACCCUCUACCAGCACGAAUCGCCAUCCAAGUCUCCUUCCAAGACCAAAUUCUACGUCUCCCUCAGUCCUCCUAUGCAAGCAAAGCUGUACUCCGAAAUGGAGCUCAUGAUCUGCGCCACAGCCAACCAGUACCUCAAUGUCCAGCAGAAAGAAGGCCGCAUGACCGUUGAGAGUCUCAAAAAGGUCACUGAGUGGUGGGCCAGCAAGAACCGCCCUCAAGUCAUCGAGUUCAUGUUCGACCAAGCCACACAGCGUGAUUUGGUCCUCUACAACCUCAAAAGCUUUCGCUUCUAUGGGCCAAACGCCGACAACUCCUUUCAGAUGAACGCAAUGAUGCAAUCCUGGAAAGCACUAUCUCGUGAUAUGAGUGUGCGCACAUUUUGCACGCCGGAUAGCGUCAUUAGGAAGCAUACGCAUGAUUGCUACAAGAUCUUGGAGAUGCUUGGGGCGCCUUUGGUGACGUUUAUGGCGUUCCAGGAGAUUCAAAUGAAGGCGUUGAAGGUCAUGAGGGAGGAGCAGAAGAAGAGGGAUGAGUAUGAGGCUAUCAAGUUUGGAGUUGAGAGGAAGUGGGAAGCACCUACGGAAGGGGCAGAGGAGAAGGAGUUGUAUAACCCAUUUGCCUGA